CACCUUUUGUAUUACUUUAACUUGAAUACACCUUUUUGGAAAUUCUCUUUCCUUUUUCCGAAGGGAUACUAAAACCCUACUCUCUCCCCCAUUUCCCCCAGCUUCAGCACUAGACAACAUGGCUUCCAUCUUCAAGAACCCAAGACUGGCAAUCCCCAAAUCAUUGUUCUCCACUCAAACUCAAAAACCAAACCCUCCGUUUCCUUCUUUCAAAGCCGCGAAAUCUGCCAUCAUAUCGGAAAAAAACCCUGAAAAGCUAGCAGAAAUCUUCCAACAAUGUUUGCAUUUGCCCACUUUCCUCCGGCACCGCCCCAUCUACCACCUCUCCAUCCGCAAGCUAGCUCGUGCCAACCGCCUCGACCUCGUGGACAGCCUCCUCCAAGCCCAAAAGCUCCAUUCUCAAAAUGCCUCUGCCCGCAAGUCUGAAGGGUUUUGGAUCCGUCUCAUUAUGCUUUACUCAAAUGCGGGGAUGGUCCCGCAAGCACUACAGACCCUCGAAGAUUUGUGUCAAAACAGGUAUUCUAUUGUAUCCGAAAAAUCCCUUUGUGCUAUUCUUACAGUUUAUCUAAACAAUGGGAUGUUUGAGCAAAUUUACGAAAGCUUUAAGACAAUUCCUGAAAAGCUUGGCGUUAAGCCCAGUGUUGUAUCGCAUAACUUGAUUUUGAAAGCGUUUGUGAAAGAGAAUAAGCUUGAAUCCGCACUCGAAUGGGUUGAGAAAAUGGAUGUGAGUCCUAAUAUUGCUACUUAUAAUAUAUUGUUAGGUGGUUAUUUGAAGAAUGGGGAUGAGAAUGGAUUUGAUGGGGCUAUGAAAGAGGUUUCCAGGAAAGGUUUAGAGGGCAAUUUAACUACUUAUAAUCAUAGGAUUUCGAGGUUCUGUAAGAGUAAGGAAUGUGCUAGGGCUAACAAGUUGUUGGAUGAGAUGGUUUCGAAAGGGGUGAAGCCGAAUUCUGCUAGUUACAAUACUAUUAUUGAUGGAUUUUGUAGGAUAGAGGAUUUGGAAUCGGCUAGGAAAGUUUUGGACAAGAUGCUGAGUGAUGGGUAUGUUUUGCCUUGUUCAUUUACUUAUUAUACUUUGCUUAGGAGCAUGGUGAAGGAAGGAGAGUUUGAUUCGGCUUUGGAAAUGAGUAUGGAAUCUAUAAAGAGGAAGUGGGUUCCUCCAUUUGAGGCAAUGGAAGGUCUGGUUAAAGGGUUGGUGGAAAGGUCAAGAUCAGAGGAGGCUAAGCAAGUUGUUGAGAAGAUGAAAAAGAGGCUUAAAGGGGAUGCCCUAGAGUCAUGGGGCAAAAUUGAAGCUGCUCUCCCUUUAUAGAAGCCAUGGAAGGUCUGGUUAAAAGGGUUGGUGGUGGAAAUGUCAAGGUCAGAGGGGGUAAAACAAGUUGUUAAGAAAUUGAUAAAGAGACUAAGAGGGAAUGUGCACAAAGCUGCUCUUCCUCCAUUGGACUAUGGAGAUCAAUUCAGUCCUCACAAGAUAUGAUCAUUUGCUAUAUGGUGAAACGGCUAUCAAACCUUCAAUUUAAACAAUUUUUUUCAUGUCCGAUAUAUCUAGUGAUUUUAUGUUUUGUACACAUUUUUGGAGAAGUGUUCUGAUUGUAGCUGUUUAGUUUGGUUAGCUGGUGAUGAUGUUGCAAUUUUGAGCGACAAUGGAUGAUUGCUAAGAAAUAAUAACCGUUGGAAAUUUUGGCUUGGUCUUGCUCCUUCAAGCAUUUUCGUUUUUUCUUCUUUUGGGCAUUUGAAAGGCUGAGAAAGACUUUUUUUUUUUUUUUGGGUACAUAAAAUGUUCACCUCUGCUUCUAAAAAAGGAAAAAGAGUUCGGCUCUGCAUUGCACCUAAUAAUAACUUUCCAUUGUAAAUCAUUAGAUACAUUUGUGAUU